AUGUCUGCCGCCGAAGAAGAUUUGAUCGAUUACUCUGAUGAGGAGCUCGCAACAACAGAAGCACCAGCACCAGCCGCUGGCGCAAAUGGAGGAGUCAAGGGGGAUUCAGGAAAUUUGACCGUGUCUGGAAAUGCAGCUGCGGCCAAGAAGGGCAGUUAUGUUGGUAUCCAUUCGACUGGUUUCCGCGAAUUCCUAUUGAAGCCGGAGCUUCUACGAGCCAUUUCCUGGUGCGGAUUCGAACAUCCUUCGGAGGUUCAGCAAGUCUGUAUUCCCCAAGCGAUUCUUGGUACAGAUGUCCUAUGCCAGGCCAAAUCUGGUCUCGGUAAAACCGCCGUUUUCGUCCUCACAACUCUACAACAAGUCGAGGUGGUCGCCGGUGAAACAUCCGUACUUGUGAUGUGCCACACUCGUGAAUUGGCUUACCAAAUUCGAAAUGAGUAUCAACGCUUCUGUCACUUCAUGCCAGAUGUCAAGAUCGGUGUUUUCUACGGUGGAGUUCCUAUUAGCAAGGAUGUUGAGGUAUUGAAGAAUCCUGAGACCCACCCACACAUCAUCGUCGGUACCCCAGGUCGAUUGAACGCCCUUGUUCGAGACAAAUACUUGCGCCUCAAUAGCGUUAAGGUUUUCGUUCUUGAUGAGUGCGACAAGAUGUUGGAUCAAAUUGAUAUGCGUCGUGAUGUUCAGGAAAUUUUCAGAGCCACACCACCACAAAAGCAAGUCAUGAUGUUCAGUGCUACUCUUUCUCAAGAGGUUCGACCUAUCUGCAAGAAGUUCAUGCAGAACCCUCUUGAAAUUUACAUUGAUAAUGAGACAAAGCUCACCCUUUAUGGUCUUCAACAAUAUUACAUCAAAUUAGAGGAGAGAGAAAAGAACAGACGUCUCAAUGAAUUGCUAGAUGAGCUUUCAUUCAAUCAAGUUAUCAUUUUCGUCAAGAGCACAGUCAGAGCCACUGAACUUGACAAGCUUUUGCGCGAGUGUAACUUCCCAUCAGUUGCAAUCCACUCUGGUGUCAGCCAAGAAGAACGUAUCAAACGUUUCAACGACUUCAAGGAUUUUAACAAGCGUAUCUGUGUUGCUACGGACGUAUUCGGUCGUGGUAUUGAUGUCAACAAGAUUAACUUGGCUAUCAACUACGAUCUUCCACCUGAUGCAGACUCAUACCUUCAUCGUGUUGGACGUGCUGGACGUUUCGGAACCAAGGGUCUUGCUAUCUCAUUCGUUAGCAGUGAGGCAGAUCAAGAGGUUUUGAAGGCUGUUGAGAAAAGAUUCGAAGUUGCACUUCCAGAGUACCCCGAGGGAGGUGUCGAUUCCGCCGCCUACACCAAGACUGACUAA